AUGGGACGAAGUCGGGGCGCAUUUUUUGGCUCUGGAUCGUCGUCAGGUGUUCCAAGUGAAGCGGCCGCAAAUACACGUUGCUGCAGAGAAGGUAUGGCUCUGGCGCGUCUCUGCAACUCUGAUACCCGAGACGAAUGCAUGGCAGGCUUUCUAACAUUUUGUGAUGGGAUGGUAUUCACUCAGGGCAUCGUCUUUGAAAUUGCGUACGCAGCAGGGUUGAGAGAUGUGAACAGCAGACGGUUCUUGAUUGCGAAUGCUGGAGCAAUCUGUCGCGCGACCAGAGGGAAGCAUUUGAUCAUGUCCAGUGGAGCGAGGAGUGAAAUGGAGCUCCGCGGCCCUCAAGAUAUAAUCAACCUGGGGAUUCUAUUUGACAUUCCCCAGGAACACUCGCACAAUGCCGUGAAGAAAGUGGCUGGCGAAGCCGUAGCGCAUGGAAACAUCCGGUCGCAGACGUACAAGGGUAUUGUACGCGUCGAAAAGUUGGAGAAAGAGGAGACGGGUGCGGAACAAGUGGAAGAAAUGGAAUUAUGA